CCCUCUCACCCUGCUUCCCUCUCUGAGUGGUUGCGAGACUGCGGAAGGUAAUUUCCCAUUGGCCACCAGCAAAACGGCCGACUUCCGGCUUGUGCGCUGGGCCGCGGGGCGCGGAGGCCGCCAUGGUGCGGUUCAAGCACAGGUACCUGCUCUGCGAAGUGGUGUCCGAUGACCCCCGCUGCCGCCUGAGUCUGGAGGACCGAGCGCUGGGCGGCCUCAUACGGGACACGAUCGCCCGCGUGCACGGGACUUUCGGCGCGGCCUCCUGCUCCAUUGGCUUCGCGGGUGCGAGGGUGCGGGGGAAUUGGGCGGUCGGCGGGAUUACAAGGGAACGGGCCCUGAAGGGGGAGAGAGAAGGGGUCCGAGCGACCGCAGGAGCUUCCAGGUCCGAUACAGCCCCCCUUUAUGUGCGAUACCUCAAUGCCUAUACUGGAAUAGUGCUACUUCGGUGUCGGAAGGAAUUCUACCAACUUGUGUGCUCAGCCCUUCCUUUCAUCACAUACUUGGAAAACAAAGGACACCGUUACCCGUGUUUCCUCAACACCUUACACGUGGGAGGUACAAUUAGAACGUGUCAGAAGUUCCUGAUUCGUUAUAACAGGAGACAGCUGUUAAUCUUACUGCAGAACUGCACUGAUGAAGGAGAACGGGAAGCUAUCCAGAAGUCUGUCACCAAAAGCUGUUUACUAGAGGAGAGGUCAGAUGAGGAAGAGCUUUCAGACAGUGGCGGUGAGGAGGCUGCUGAGGCAAUGGAGUGACCCUCCCUGCAGGCUGUGCUGGGCCCGAGAUUCAGAGCCUGCUUGUUGGCACAGGACAUUCUGGGAGGCAGCAGCAUCUGCUAGUUUGCCAAACUGGAAGACUGCUGACCAGAGGCCAAGGUAUCUGCUCAAAAUGGAGGACUUACUCACUUCAAUUGAAGUUACCUUUACUUAGUGCUGCCUGGCUAAAUGGUUCUGCAGGUGGUGAACCCCCCAGUAGUUAUACAGUCUCUGUAACUACCUGGCUGAGGGUAGGUUUAAUAAAUGUACUUGACUUCUGCAGCA